GGUCUUCCAGAGCACCGCCGCCGACAACCAACCACUCGACAUGUACAAGCUGGUGAUCCUGUCCCUCUUCGUCGCCGCCGUGUCGGCCGGCUACCUGGGCGCCCCCGCCGUGGCCACCUACGCCGCCGCCCCCGCCUACGCCGCCUACGCCGCCCCCGCUGUGGUCAAGGCGCCCCUGGCCUACGCCGCCCCCGUAGCCUACGCCGCCCCCGCCGUGUUGAAGGCGCCUCUGGCCACCUCCUACGCAUCUGUCCACCAGGUGUCCGUCAGCGCCCCUGUGGCCUACGCCGCCCCCGCCGUCGUGAAGGCGCCCCUGGCCUACGCCGCCCCCUUGGCCUACGCCGCCCCCUUGGCCUACGCCGCCGCCCCUGCCUACGUCAAGAGCUACGGUUACGGUCUCCACUAAGGAACUGCUUCAACGACAAAGAUCUGCUCGCACGCAUAUGAUAUUUAUUUACAUGACAUGAUUCUGGAAUAAAAAAAAAUGAUACAAACACAGAAAA